AUGAACAUCUCGUUAGUCUUUGUCUUAGCCUCCUUGAUGGCCUUCCAAAUCGUUACUGUUUCGGCCGUGCCUGUUGUCGAGGGAGUCGAGCCCCAGGGUUUGGUCCCGAAAGUCUUACACCGCAAAGACGAGGCCGAGGAAGAAGUUGAGGUGUGGAAACGGCGAAACUGUUCAUGUGAACCUGCAGAUUAUCGAACCCAAACGGCAGAGGCUCUCUUCGACUUGGCCAGCGUUUUCCAGCUCUUACGGCGAUCGCAGAUAUGA